AACUCUUUCUGCGGGGCGUUCCUCCGACCAGCCUGCCGUGCACAGUGCCUUUCCUCGACUGCGCGUACGUCUUCAUUCGUUGGCCAGACACAUAGAGGUCUGCACGGUCUUUCACGGAGAACACCGGCACGCUCCGUCCGCCAGGACGGCCCACAGUCGAGCUGGAUACCUCGCAGACAUGCAUCGACUGAGAGUGGCCCUUCGAGCUCGUCGAGUUCGUCAAAUGCUCCUCCGCCUCCACCAGGUGGCUCCCGCCCACAAUUCAAGAACAGACAGGAGCUCUAUGCGGCCCGGAACCGUAGCCUGCUCAUGUACACCAGCGCAGUGAUCAUAGCGGGCAUCGGCGUGACCUACGCGGCGGUCCCGCUCUACCGCAUGUUCUGCGCCGCGACCGGCUUCGCGGGCACGCCCAAGGUCGGCAUGGGCAAGUUCGAGGCGGACCGGCUCGUGCCCGUCGAGGACGCGAAGCGCAUCAAGGUGCACUUCAACGCGGACACGGCGGACGCGCUCCCGUGGUCGUUCACGCCGCAGCAGCGCUUUGUGAGCGUGCUCCCGGGCGAGACGAGCCUCGCGUUCUACAAGGCGAAGAACACGUCCGACAAGGACAUCAUCGGCAUCGCGACGUACAACGUCACGCCCGACCGGAUUGCGCCGUACUUCGCAAAGGUGGAGUGCUUCUGCUUCGAGGAGCAGAAGCUGCUUGCCGGCGAAGAGGUCGACAUGCCCCUGCUGUUCUUCAUCGACCGCGACGUGCUCGACGACCCCGCCUGCCGGAAUCUGGACGACGUCGUUCUGUCAUACACGUUCUUCCGGGCACGGCGGAACGCACAGGGCCACCUCGAGCCCGACGCCGACGACGAGAUUGUGCAAGCCUCUCAGGGCUUUUCGGGGUACGACAUCGCCCCUAGGGCGGAAGACCGAAAAAAGAGCGAGGAGAAGCCCUCCUCAUAAUACUGGUUUUAUCGUAUACUGCCCUAAUAUCACUCCACUCUCGGAUCAGCUUUCCUGCAUUAAUCCCAAGC